UUUUGAGGUUAUAAUAUUCCUGACAGAGAUUCCCUGUACUACCAAAAUAAUUUUGUACUCAAAUGCAAGUAGUCCUGAAUAAUAAAAAUGGGAACAAGAAUAUUACAGCGUUUAAUACUGCCUACAUUAGUGAAUUCAUUGAGGAUUCAACCUGUCAACUUCGUACGAAAUGAAAGAAUAAUUUGCCUAAAUACAAACUUUACAACUGUUCGAAACUAUGCAAAGAGCAAAGACAAAGGAAAGGAUAAGAAAGGUAAGGGCGCCAAAGUCGUUAUCAACACAGCGAUGAUGUCCGAGAUAGUACCCGUUGAAAAACUUAAAGAAAGAUGCAGAGCUGCUAUAGAAAACAUGAAGGAGGACUUUGCAAAAAACCUGUCUCUUCGAUCUACGACGGGCUCCCUAGAAUCUCUACCCGUAAAGUUUGAAGGCAAAGAGUACGAAUUACAAGAACUGGCACAGAUCGUACGAAAAAACCCUAAAACAAUGGUCAUAAACUUUGCUUCUUUCCCACAGGCUAUCCCUGAUGCUUUGAAAGCUAUAGCCCAUUCUGGAAUGAACUUAAAUCCCCAACAAGAUGGCACAACAUUGUUUGUUCCUGUGCCUAAAGUCACAAAAGAGCAUAGGGAAGCUUUAGCGAAGAAUGCCAAAGCAUUAUACAUCAAAUGUAGAGAUGCAAUGAAAGAUGUACAAAAUGAUUAUAUUAAAAAAGCUAAAAAACAUACUGGUGUUUCAGAAGAUCUGAUCUUUGAUGUCACUAAACAGAUACAGGCGAUGUGUGACGAGUUUCAGACUGAAGCUAAGAAUAUCUAUGAAGCCAAACAUAAUGAGCUGGUUGGAGCAAAGUAGUCAAUCCCUGCCAGUAUAAUGCAUUUAAUUUUAUCAUUUUUAGUUAGAUCUUAGAUAAAAUAAAUAUUUUGUGUUAAAUAAAUACUACAAGCAGUUAAAA